AUGCCUCAGUUUAUAAUACCGGCAUCAGUUCCAGUCUACGCUACACCUGCCCCAGUCUUCAUGGAUCCCCGCCAACAACUCACAGACCUUGCCGUCGCGACGGGUCGUAGCCUCACCAAGGCGAUCACGUUUGACGCACGCUCGCAGACGUAUGGCUGCCAGAUAUCGGAGCCACGUCUCACUACUGCUGGUGUUCAACCGUAUGUCAUCGCAGAGGUUCGAGGGCAACCAGACCGGACAACCGCAGAGCGAGAGGCAUGCCGGCAGGCUGUCUACUCGCUCAAUGUCACCAGCGUCAACGUAGCCAUUUCCCAAUACCGAUAA